CUUUUAUUUUGAAAGACCGGAAGCAGCUCAAACGUCUGUAGUAGCGCGUUGAAAGCAAUGAGUUAGAUGACAGAUUUGUCCUUGUUAUUAACUAAUGACAACAUUUCAUUGAGGCAAAAUAUGGAAGCAGAAGUGUGUACAGCAGGGUCCACAGAAUUUGAGACUGUGGAGAUUGCUGAGUGUAAGUCGAGGAAGGUGAAGGUUCCCCGGAGGAUCAUUCACUUCGCCAACGGGGAAACCAUGGAGGAGUACAGCACUGAUGAAGAGGAGGAGGAAGAGGAUCAUGUGAAGCAGGUCGUUUCAGUUGAUACGUCCAAACUGACCUGGGGUCCUUAUUUCUGGUUCCACAUGUGGAGAGUGGCGACCUCCACUAUUUCAGUGUGCGACUACAUGGGCGAGAAAUUGGCCUCCCUGUUCGGCAUCACCUCUCCAAAGUACCAGUAUGCCAUUGAUGAGUACUACCGCAUGAAGAAAGAGGAGGAGGAGGAAGAGGAGGAAAACCGUCUCGCUGAUGAGGCGGAGCGCACGUUUGCGGCGCAGCGGAGAGGCGAGCAAGAAAAUUCGACCACGGUGAAGGAGCAGCCGGAAGGAAACGGAGCCACAUUUGUGAACGUCAGCUUUGAGCUCGAACCAGAGUCGUCGCUCAGGAAUCCCGAUCCAAACAGAGUCCCGUCUCCUCUCCCCUCCUGAAAAGAAAACAAAAAACAAAAACUGAUUCACACGUUUCAAAUUGUCGGUUAAACCCGAACUUACUCAGCUCCAUGCACUAAUUUUUAUUUUCUAUUUUUUUUUCCUGUUAUGUUUUGUAACAGAUUAAUUUAAUCACAACAGUGGAAGUGGCUGCGGAACGCCAUAUCUGUGAAUGUGACUUUUGAGUGUGGCAUGUAAUCUAUGCAAAACUAGAGGUCAGCCUGAAAGUGUCUUUUACUCUGCAACAAGGUCCUGACGUGUCCUUCUAAGUAAGCGCAUGAUCCCAGCGGAACAGUGCACUGUGCCUUUUCUUCACCCAACACUUUAUUCUGCCAUCAUGUUGUGUGGAGAAUCACACUUUAAAGGACAUGUUGCAGCCCAGCUGGUGGUUUUGAUUGGGGAGAUGUACAUGAUGGGUGUGAAAUGUAAAGUGAAUAGUAGUUGUAGUCUUGUAUUUCCAACUCCCUCUCCCCCCCCAAAACAACAGGACUCCUGAAUGUAGAAACAUUUAGAAGCUAACGAGUAAAGAAAAACAUUCAGAAUUUCAAGAUGUUUGAGAGACCCCUUUCUGUGCUGACCCCUCUUUAACUGUGAAUGAAAGGUCCGAUAAACACCAACAUAUUUGCCUUAUACGAGUGCUAUAAAGGGAAAUUAAAGGCUGAGUAUAUGCUUAAGAGCUUUACUUUUGUAUCAUUAGAACAGGUGUGUGUUUAACCCCAGAAAAGAGGAUUUCUGGUUUUUGAUUACACUCCAGUAGAUGUUUAUACGUGUUACCUGUUCUGU